UGCACAUGUGCCUGUCAGUUGCGCCUGCCCUACCUUACCCUACCGACCCUUACCAAACUUUGACUCCAGACGUUUUGGCGCCGUUAACUGAAAAUGGAAUCCCGAGCGCUCCUCUGGCCUUCCCCUCUCAAGCAUUUAUUAAGGCCGACUUCCUCAUUCUUCCCAUCUCCUAUUCUUCAUUCUCCAUCACUCAUCAAGCAUCUUCUCUACCGAUCUAAAUCUAUAUCAACAACCACUUCUUCUUCUCCUCCUCCUAUAUAUACAUUUCAAAACGACCUACCUCCUUGGCAACGACUCCUUCCACCUGCCAUAAGCCAUAAACGGUCACACACUACGCCACAUCCUUUGCAGAAACAACACUGUACUUGCUAGGGACGGCCCCCUUGCCACGAUAUUACAAACCUCAGAUUCAUAAACUCCUUCUCAACCACAUCGUGUGCAAGGAUGCAACAAUUCACAACAGCAGACGCUCCUCGCUUGGUGCAGGACAACUUCGAUGAUAUAAACCCCAAGGACUUCAUCGAGCAAGAACCCAAGUCUAAGCGCCCACGAACUGCUGAUAUCCUCCUUGAGGAGCAAUUACCACAGGGUCUUCUCAAGGCUGCCGAGGUUGCAGACCUUGCUGGAGACUUCUUCUCCGUCAAGCCUGAGUCAGACCACGAGCAACUCCCUGAAGGUAUCGAGGAGACAGCAGAGGAGAAGCAAAAACACUGGUUCGUCGGUAGUGUCGACCAGGGUACCACGUCAACUCGCUUCCUCAUUUUUAACGGUCAUGGAGAGCCCAUUGUGAGCCACCAGAUUGAGUUUGAAAACCACUAUCCCAACUCUGGGUGGCACGAGCAUGACCCCAUGACACUCCUCGAGUCUGUAGAGACAUGCAUCGAGAAGGCAACAGAGAAGUUCUGCGAAAAGGGUCACCAUAUCGAGGAUAUCCGCUCCAUCGGUAUUACAAAUCAACGUGAGACUACUAUCCUGUGGGACAACAUUACUGGCGAGCCCCUUUACAACGCUGUUGUCUGGCCGGAUACUCGCACUUCUGCUCUCGUCCGUGAGCUCAAGAACAAGCCUGGUGCUGAGAAGCUCCAAGAGACUUGUGGUCUCCCACUGUCUACCUACCCUUCAAGUGUUAAGCUACUCUGGGUCCUGCAGAACGUUGAGUCAGUCCGAAAGGCUUACGAUGAGGGUCGUCUAUCGUUUGGCACUGUCGACUCUUGGCUCAUCUAUAAGCUCAACGGCGGACAAGACCGUGAGGGCGGACCCAUCUUUGUCACCGACGCCACCAACGCCAGCCGCACCAUGUUCAUGAACCUCAAGACCCUUCAGUACGAUGAUGAGCUCCUCAAGUUCUUCGAGGUCGACCGUACUAAGCUCAACCUGCCCAAGAUUGUGCCUUCCUCUGACCCCACUGCCUACGGAUCUCUCGCCCGUGGGCCUCUCAAGGGUGUCCCCAUCGCUGGCUGCUUAGGAGACCAGUCUGCAGCACUUGUCGGUCAAUGUGGAUUCAAGCCAGGCCAGGCCAAGAACACCUAUGGUACCGGCUGCUUCCUUCUCUACAAUGUUGGCAACGAGCCUGUCAUCUCCAAGACCGGACUGCUUGCUACUGUUGCAUAUGAUUUCGGAAAGGGUCGUAAGCCUGUUUACGCCCUUGAGGGCAGCAUCGCUGUUGCCGGCUCUGGUGUCAAGUUCCUCCAGAACAACCUCGGCAUCAUCAACUCUUCCUCCGAGGUGGAUACUGUCGCCAAAAGCGUUCCUGACAACGGCGGCGUUACAUUCGUGACAGCUUUCAGUGGUCUCUUUGCCCCCUACUGGAUCGAUGACGCCAAGGGUACUCUCUUCGGUGUCACCCAACACACUAACAAGGGCCAUAUUGUGCGAGCAACGCUUGAGGCCACUUGCCAUCAAACAGCCGCCAUUCUCGAUGCUAUGGCAUCUGACUCUGGCCACGCCCUUGACAUUCUGGCCGUCGAUGGCGGCCUCUCCAACUCGGACCUGAACAUGCAGACCCAGGCCGACCUUAGUGGUGUGCCUGUCGACCGCCCCGCUAAUCGUGAGACUACUGCGCUCGGCGCCGCCAUUGCUGCGGGUCUCGCCACUGGUGUAUGGGACGAGCUAGAGGAGUUGCACGAAGUCAACCGCAAGGGCCGCAAGAUCUUCUACCCGGAGACUGACAAGAAGACUGUCCGCCGAUCACGAAAGAGGUGGGAGCGAGCCGUCGAGAUGAGCCGAGGCUGGCUUCAGGAGGAUGAGGACGACGAUGACGAAUAAAAUAAUGCGAGGGCAGAGGACCACAAAAGUCUUGAUACUUUUGUAUAAUGACAUGAUUUUUGGGCGUUGGCUUGGCAUAGCGCGUCUUGAGCCUUGAGCAUGGGAGCUCGGCGUUUGACCUUUUGAAUUUCAGUAUAGCAUAAAAGGCCUACAUCUAUCUAUUGCAUAAUACCAUCAACAUUUAAAACCAAG